AUGCUUUUGCAGGCGUAUUUGCCUGAUUUCCCCGUUAAAAAAGUGGAUGGAAAGGCAGUGCAGAUCACCACACGGCAACUGCUAUCGCAUACUGGAGGCAUUCGACAUUACAAGAAAAAAGACGAGGAAGUGAGUCUUUCUGUCGUUUAG